AUGAACUGCUUGUCACCACUCUACCCAGGAAACCUCGUCUCGUCAUGCCACCAAAGCGUCAGCCGAGGAAUCAAGAAAGCCUCGAAGAUCCAGAAAGCGGGACCGCCGAAGGUAAGAGGGCGAGAAGCUCAAAAAGGAGAGCUACUUGUCUACAUCUACCGUAUAUUUGAGCAAUUCCGCUCUGACAUCGAAGUCUCAUCAAAAGCCAUGUCGAUUACAAAUAACUUUUUCUAA